CUGAGGUGGGCUUCGUGUUGGACUCUUUCGGAAGAAUCCCAAAGAGAAGCUUUGGUUUUUUGGCUUCUUCAGCGGAGGUUGUGUCUUUCAGUCGGUUUUUUGGCAGCCGAUCGCGCGGAUGCGGCUUAAAAAAGCGGGUUCAAUAAAUCCUCAAAAAUCCACAUCAAGUACAAAGCCUUUUGGCAAUUGACAUUUGGAGGGGCCAUUCGAAAGGUGAGCUCAGGAAAUGAUGGACGAACAGAAGCAGCUGGAAGCAAUUGCGAGUGAGACCUCAUCAGUCACCGGAUUGAGACGUCAGGCCACCAAAUAUCCCCACGGCCUGAACAUUACGGUGCAGACGAUCGAUGACGAUAAUGAGGGAUCUCUGAGGGAUCCCAAUGACUACUCCCGCGCCUCGGGCGAAUCGUGCUGGAGCGAGACCCAGAAAUACCACAUCGGAAUGCUGGGAAGUCCCGAAGCGCUGGCUGAACUUCAAGUUCGACGGUACAAGUACCCAUUGACGGCUAAUUACUAUCUGAAUGGAAAGUUCGAUGCCAGCGAGAAGCCAACUCCCUGGAUGCUUUUGGGGUAUGCUCGACGCGCCUGCAGGUGGAAAUACCUGCGAUGGCCCAUUAUUUUCGUGGCCAGUGUUUUGCUUUUUUUCGGGUUGAUAACCUACUGUUUGUGGCUUCACGAUGUCAGCGUGGCUAGAGCCAAAUUCCUCCAGCGUCGCUACGAAGCCACUUUAACAUCCACGAGUUCAAGCAGCAACGAGGCUUGGGAUGAGGAAACCACCAGCACCACCGAGAGGGAGCAGCAGGAAACCACACGACUCAAAGCGGCUGAUGGGAGCGAUGAGAGCACGGAAUUGCCUGAAAUAUCUUUUGCCGGGGAAGGGGAUCCCGAGAGCGGGGAGGUUGAUGGGGUCGAUGGGGACGGGGACUACGAUGACACCUUGCUGCCAGCGGACAGUAUUAGAUUCACCUCCGGACACCAGAACAGCUUCGGAGUGCCCAUCGAACAGGACAAGCGGAUGCUGCAGUUGCUCAAAGAUUUACUGCCCAAGCCCCAGGCAACUCCCGCUGGCAACGAGCAUCCUUUGACCCGGGUCUCCCCCACCCUGCCGCCCCCCUCGGCGCCCAGCGAGCGACCCACCCAGGCGAUGUCCCCCACCACCCCCUCGACGAACAGCGGCUGCCAGUCGACGAUGCUGCCCAUGUGCCAGGGAGUGCUCGACUACGAUUUGACCUACAAUCGGGAGGGUACCGCUCCGCGGGAUUCGGUUUCCAUGGCGGCCUACGAGGGGCUCAUCCGGUCCAACUGCUCGGCGAGGGCGGCGGAGUUCGUUUGCGGCGCCCUGGAACCCGAGUGUCGACCCUCGCACAUCGGACAGCUGCCGCCCUGUCGUCGCAUCUGCAAGGCCAUUCAAGAGGCCUGUUCCAUAGCGAUUGCCAACUCGGAUGUCCUGAGCGAGCUCUUCGACUGCAGUCUAUAUCCGGACUCCCAUGAGAGUCACAAAUGCGAGGAUCCCACGCGAAGAAGGGAGCAUUGCUACGGAAAUGAGUUCCAAUGCCACGAUGGCAGUUGCAUUCCCCAAAACUGGCAGUGUGAUAAGAUCAAGGAUUGCUCGGGUGGCGAAGAUGAGGAUGAGCAAUGUUUGGUUUGCGAACAGGACGAGUUUCGCUGUCGCUCCAAUGAGAAAUGUAUCGCCGAAAGUCUGCGCUGCGAUCAGAAGUUUGAUUGUUUCGAUGGAAGUGAUGAGGAAGACUGCGACGAUUACGGAUCGGGGGACUUGGCUCCUUUUGAUGAGGCUGAGCUUAAUGCCUUUCCAAGGGUCUUUUCCUAUGCCAGUUUUUUAUCCCCAAAUGAGACGAAUGAUAAGCUGUAUACCUAUAUCACUGCCACCACUGAUGAAGAUGCCGGCACGGAGACCAAAUUCCAGAUACAUCAAGUGGCUGCCCCUGCUCCUCUGGUAAAUUCAAGUGCUGAGGAACCCACUGGUGGACCAAAGGGUUUUGUUAACUUCCGUGACAGCAAAGAGAUUAUGAUGACCAGCGACUCGGAAACCAAGUUCAAAUAUUCACAGAGGGCAAAUCGCACUUCAGUCAAGUUUAGUGCUCCAGUACCCACAACUCCGGCCGCAAGAACUGCGAGUGCGAUUCCCAACUCUGCGUUGGCUCAGCAGAGGGUAAGAGCCAGCAGUACAACUAGCACCCCAAGUACAACUACAGCCAGUAGCACCACCAGCAGCAGCUCCACCUCAACCACAAUUGAUCCACCCACGACAAUUAUUACGCCCUUGGAACUGGUGACUGCUCCAGGUGGUUGUCUUCCGCACGAACUUCGCUGCGUGAGUGGAAAGUGCAUCACAGUCAGUCAGUUGUGCGAUAAGCAAAUCGAUUGUCCCGAUGCCGCUGAUGAACUUAUGUGCGUUUAUCGGGAGCGUCCAAUUGCAAGGCGAACCACCACCACUUCAACCACUUCAACCACUGAACCACCUAUAACAUCAUCAGCAGCACCAGAAACAAGUACUACAACAACCACUAAUCCGGUGACCAGUACAAGGCGUUCUUUGAGGACCACGCCCAAUAGAAGUCGAAAGCCCAAGUCUUAGAGUGAUGUAUCUUGUAUCUAAUGUUUAUUUAUAUCUCUAUCUUAUAUUUCCCAUCUUGUAUUUUCUUUCGCUCGCUAUAUGUAUGAUAUUUGACGUAUAUGUAAAUCUUUGUUAGUGGCUAAGUUGUUUAGUGUUUAGAGUUGUUUGACUAUUUUUAUGCGUGAAAAUUGUAUUUUUAGCAAUGAAUAAAAUUUAAGAUGUGAGUAGCGUAAAACACACACGUGUAGUGGUAA